ACUGUUGAGUGUUGUGAUCGGUAAAUAUGAUCUCAAUAUGAUUACUAGAAUAUUAAUAAUUUUUAGUACAUUAGGAUUAAGCAGUGCACAGUUGGUACAAUUUGGACAGUGUAAUCCGAAUAUCGCCUUGCAGACGAAUUUUAAUUCUUCACGGUUCCUUGGCACGUGGUAUGGCAUCGCCAGGGCAGAUAAUAACCUACAAAAUGGCGACUGUGCGGUUCUCUCAUUGACUCAAAACAACAAUGUUAUCAAUGUAGCAAACACAGCUGUCAAUAAUAACUUCUAUGAAGAAAUCACCGGCACAGCAACAGUUGAACAGGGCACUGCGAAAUACACGCUCAGACUUAAUGGCGUGCAGAAUCCUGUUGAUUUUUGGAUCCUGACUACGGACUAUGACAAUUUUGCUGUUGGUUACGCAUGUGAAAACAUUGGAAAUGUGCAGCGAAGGGUAUACCUUUGGCAGUUGGGACGGGCGACUUCAUAUCCCACCGAGAUGAUGGAAGCGCUUGUUAACACGACCAUAAACAACCUUCUUGGUAUCGACACUUCGGACUUAACCAGAAUCAACCAUUCGGAAAACGCCUGCUACGUCCUACCAGAAAUCCCAAACAACGAAUCUGUUAUACUUCCCGGACAAUGUAACACAAAUAUGAGUGUUGUUACCAACUUCAACGUCGCUAGGUUUACUGGAGUAUGGCAUCAAAUAUCAAAAUAUUACACAGAAAACGAAGGAGGAUCUUGUACCCGAGCUGAAUACACGUUAUCAGACGGCGGUGUCACCGUUCUCAAUAGUCAAGUGGUCAAUCAAAGAUUACAAACUAUCAGUGGCAGAGCAACUGUAAGCACUACUGAUGGAUCCGCUAAAUUAAUUGUCAACUUAGAAGUAGCACCUAAUAUUUUUUCAACAGCGGAAUUGUGGAUUUUGUCGACUGACUACGAUAAUUAUGCCGUCUCUUACAACUGUGUCAAUCUUGAAAAUAAUCGGAGACGAGUGCGAAGUUGGAUCCUCAGCAGGCAAAGACAAUUAUCAGUAGCAUCACAGCAAGCUGUUAACGAACUGAUUAGAUCUGAAAUUGAUUUGAACACUAGAUUCUAUCAACAAACUGACCAAUCCGAUGCGGCAUGCUUUUACUUCCCCGACCUAGUUGCGGGACAGCCAGUCGUGUUCCCUGGACAAUGUAACAUGAGUAUACCUGCGAUGCCUGCCUUCCAACCUGACAGAUACAUGGGUUUAUGGCAUGAUAUCGAGUCGUAUCCAUCAGUAUUUCAAACCGGAUCUUGUGUGAACGCUCUAUACACAUUGACCGGUGGGAUAGUUCAUGUUUUCAAUACUCAAGUCAUCAACCAGAGAUUGGACAUUAUGGAAGGUGUAGCUGUACUCGCAGCUACUGACGGAACUGCUAAACUCAAAGUUUCAUUCCCAAUCGCCGGCACGAAUCUCACUACCACAACUGAUUACUGGGUUCUUGACACUGAUUAUGUCAGCUAUUCGUUAGUAUAUACUUGCACAAAUAUAGGCAAUGACCAAAGACAAGUAUACGCAUGGAAAUUGAGUAGAACAAAGCAACUGUCUCCAGCUAACAACACUGCGAUGAAUGCAGUUAUAAAUAACGUCCAAGUAUUAGAUCAAAGGUAUUUCGUGGCGAAAGAUCAGAGUCCCGCGGGUUGUUUCUAUUACCCCGAGCCGCAGACUGACGUUCCUGUUCGCUUCCCCGGACAGUGUGACCCAAAUGUUCCUGUCGUGGCAGGAUUUUCAAUGCAGCAGUUCCAAGGUGUAUGGUACGAAGUGGAAGCAUACCCUAAAGAACAGCAGACGGGUCAGUGUGUGAACCACACUUACACCGCUGGCACUGGCAACACAUUGAACCUGGUGUCUUCCAGUGUUACCGAUCAAUUACUCGGACUUACAAAUUCGGUUCUAGCAUUUGAGUCGACAGAUUCAAGCGGUAGAUUAAACUUGAGAAUUCGAACAAAUACUGGAGAGGUCGUUAUUCCAUUCUGGAUUCUCAGUAUAAAUUACAACGACUUCGCUUUAGCGUACAGCUGUAUCAACGAUGGAAGUGACUUCAGAAAAGUUUUCAGCUGGAAGCUUAGCCGUACGAAACAGUUAUCUGCAGCGGCCAACACGGCAAUAAACAAUGUGAUGGCCAACAACGUAGUUCUUGAGAACCGUUACUACCAGAAUAUUGACCAAUCGGCUCGCGCCUGCUUCUAUCUACCUGAUAUACCAUUGGGUCGACCGGUUGUUUUGCCGGGACAAUGUAACAUAACUAUACCCGUCGUGCAAAAUUUCAACGUUGCUCGUUAUUCAGGACGUUGGCGCCUGAUUGAGAGUUAUUUUGCUGAACAACAAUCCGGCACCUGUAACGAUGCUACAUACACAUUGAACAACAACGUGGUUGAAGUUUACAACACUCAAGUGAGAAACCAACAGCUGGACACCAUAAAUGGUACCGCGACGUUGGCGAGCACAGAUGGUAGCGCCAAAUUACUGGUCACCUUCCCUGGAUCAUCAACGCCAGCGGACUACUGGGUUUUAGACACUGACUACGAUUCUUACGCCCUAGUCUAUGGCUGUAGGAAUAUCAGCGCUCAAGAACAAAGAGUUUUUGCCUGGAAACUUAGUCGCACCAGGAAUUUGACACCGGCAGCAAUUAACAACAUCAAUCGUGUAAUCGACACUGUGGAUGUCUUGAACAACCGCUUCUUCGAAAUUAUCGAUCAUUCGGAUUCCGGUUGCUUCUACUAUCCAGAGCCACCAAAUAACGGCUUUGUUACUUUCCGAGGACAAUGUGAUCCAAAUAUAAGAGUCGUGACUGGCUUCGAUGUAGCUAGGUAUUUGAAUUUGUGGCACGACAUCGAAUCCUAUCCUACAUCAUUCCAAGAUGGAACUUGUCCUAACGCCAUCUACGAAUUAGGGGACGGAGUUGUUGAUGUCUAUAAUACUCAAGUUAUAAACCAGACGUUAGAUACCAUCAAGGGUAUAGCGACUUUGACAGAUUCUACUGACGGUAGUGCUAAACUGCUUGUUACAUUCCCAAUUGUUGGAACUAAUCUAAAUAUUACAACAGACUACUGGGUGUUGUCCACGGACUACUCAUCCUACGCUCUGGUUUACAGCUGCACAAAUAUUGAUGAUGAAAGAUUUCAAGUAACAAGUUGGAAGCUCAGCAGAACUAAGCAAUUAACAACUCAGGCUACGACUGCUAUAAACUCAGUAAUGAGUACCAUACCAGUGUUGGACCAACGAUACUUUCAAAUUAGAGACCAGAGUGUAACCGGUUGCUUCUAUUACCCGGAACCUGAACCAAGCAAGCCCGUCGUAUUCCCUGGACAGUGUGACACGACCAUUGCUGCUGUUCCCAACUUCAAUCUGAACUUGUUCCAAGGAACAUGGCAUGAAAUCGAAGCAUAUCCAAAAGACCAACAAACUGGUCAGUGUGUCAAUCACCAGUACACAUUAAAUACCACCGCAAACAGUCUGAAUUUAGCUUCGUUUAACGUUCUCAAUGAAACAUUAAGAACUUCCAACGGAGUGGUUACUAUUAACUCUGUGGACAACAGCGGAAGACUGUUGAUCACUCUAACAGAAGGCAAUGAACGUGUCGUAAUUCCCUUCUGGAUACUGAGCACGGACUACUCUAACUACGCUUUGGCCUACAGCUGCGUCAACCGAGGAUCAGAUUUUAGAGCAGUUUACAGCUGGAAGCUAAGCAGAAGUAAACAGUUGUCUACUGCAGCUAACACGGCAAUCAAUAACGCUAUUGCUAACAUCCAAGUGUUAGACAACAGAUACUAUGAGAGUAUCGACCAAUCGAACAACGCCUGCUUCUACUUGCCAGACAUUGCGCCCGGACAACCUAUAAUCUUACCUGGAGAGUGUGAUCCUAAUAUUAGUGUUGUGCAGAACUUCAAUCCAGCUAGAUACAUGGGCAGAUGGCGUAUGAUCGAGAGCUAUGAAUCUGAUUUCCAAUCGGGUAAUUGUAACGAAGCUAAUUAUCGACUGCUAGAGAACGCUACAGUUGAUGUAAGCAAUACUCAAGUGGUCAACCAAAACCUGCAAGUCAUCAAUGGAUCUGCAGUGCUGGCUACGACUGACGGCAGUGCGAAAUUACUUGUCUCAUUCCCUAACGCUCAAGCUCCUUCUGAAUACUGGAUCCUGGCUACCGACUACGAUAAUUACGCUUUAGUAUACAGCUGCCGUAACCUCAACAAUCAACAGCGAAGAGUAUGGAGUUGGAAGCUCAGUAGAACUAGACAAUUAUCAACAAGCGCUGCUAACAGCAUCAAUCAGGUCAUCGACAGGGUUAACGUGUUGAAUAGUCGCUAUUACCGGUCCAUUCAGCAAUCGGAUGCCGCCUGCUUCUACUAUCCAGUACCAGCGCCAAAUACGCCCGUUAUCUUCAGAGGACAGUGUGACCCCAGUAUACCAGUCGUCACUAACUUUAAUCUUGCACAGUACCUGGGCUUGUGGCAUGACAUUUCAUCGUAUCCUACCGCAUUCCAAUUCGGUACAUGCAGCAAUGCUUUCUACACACUCAACGGCGGCGUAGUAGAUGUCUUCAACACACAAGUUGUGAACCAAACUUUGGACACGAUCAGAGGAGUAGCAACUCUCGUCCCUGACCCCCAGAAUAGCGCUAAAAUUAUAGUCAGCUUCCCUAUCGCUGGAACCAAUCUGACAACAUCAACUGAUUACUGGGUUUUGAGUACUGAUUAUUCUUCUUACGCGUUGGUCUAUUCCUGCAGGAAUAUUGAUAAUGAACGUCGUAGUGUUGGUAGCUGGAAGCUCAGUCGCACCAAGCAGUUAUCACCAGCUGCAAACACCGCUAUCAACAAUGUCAUCAAUACUAUCCCCGUGCUCGACAGCCGCUAUUAUAACGAUGUCAAUCAAAGUAGAGAAGGUUGCUUCUACUACCCUGAACCAGAACCCGGCGUACCUGUAGUAUUCCCUGGUCAAUGCGACAUGAACAUACAAGCCGUUCCCAGCUUUAAUCUUACUCAAUUCACUGGGACUUGGCAUGAAAUUCAAGCGUAUCCAAAAGAUCAACAAACCGGUCAAUGCGUGAACCACCAGUAUACAUCUGCAACCACUGCAACUCUGAACCUUCAAUCGUUUAACGUCCUCAAUGAGACAUUAAGAACUACCUCCAGCGUUGUUUCUGUAACCUCGACAGAUGGUAGCGGCAGAUUAUUGAUCACACUGAGGGAAGGCACCCAAACAAUCCAAAUACCUUUCUGGGUCUUAAGUACGGAUUACAAUAAUUACGCUUUAGCGUACAGCUGUGUUAACAGAGGAAAUGAUUUCCGAGCAGUGUACAGUUGGAAACUCAGUAGAACAAAGCAAUUAUCUGCAGCAGCCAACACAAAUAUCAAUAAUGCUAUUGCCAACAUUCCGGUCUUGGACAACGUUUAUUAUGAAAACAUUGACCAGUCUGACGAGGCUUGCUUCUUCUUGCCUGAAUUAUCUCCCGGUACACCUGUAGAAUUCAUUGGACAAUGUGAUCCUAACAUCACUGUGGUGCAGAACUUUGACCCUGUUAGAUACGCUGGACGUUGGCGUCUUAUUGAAUCCUACCCUUCCAACUUCCAAGGAGGAACAUGUAACGAGGCUACUUACACGCUGUAUCCGAACGGUACAUUUGAAGUAUUCAACGCUCAAGUCAUCAACCAGUCCUUGAACACGAUAACUGGUUCUGCAGUACCAGCGACUACAGAUAAUACAGGAAAAUUGCUUGUUACUUUCCCUAGAAGUUCACGGUCCGCAAACUAUUGGAUUUUGGACACUGAUUACGAUUCAUAUGCGCUGGUUUACAGUUGUCGAAAUAUUGAUUCAGAAAGGCGAAGAGUUUGGAGUUGGAAGCUCAGUCGUACAAACUCAUUGUCGAUGGACGCUCAAAGGAAAAUCAACAAUACUGUUAACAGUGUCAACGUGCUCAAUGAGCGCUACUACCAGAAAAUCGAUCGCACUGACAACAGCUGCUUCUACUACCCAACUCCUGACGGCACUCCUGUCGUCUUCCGCGGCCAGUGUAACGAAAGUAUCGCUGUCAUGCGCAAUUUCAACCUUAAUGCGUACAUGGGUCUUUGGUACGACAUCGAGAGCUAUCCUCAAGCGUUCCAAGAUGGUACCUGCGCUACCGCAUUAUAUAACCUCACCGCGAACGGCGUUGAUGUUUUCAAUACACAAGUCAUCAACCAGCAACUCGACACCAUAAAUGCUAAUGCUGUACCCGCUUCCACCGACGGCUCAGCCAAAUUCAUCGUCACAUUCCCCAUUGCCGGCACCAACGCUACUAUCAGCACUCCAUACUGGGUAUUAACAACUGACUACACCAAUUAUGCUUUGGUAUACUCUUGUUCCAACAUCAACAAUGAAUCCCGUAGUGUUACAAGCUGGAAGCUGAGCAGACAGAAAAACCUAACAGCUGCAGCGCAACAGGCCAUCAAUAACGUCAUCGCAACUGUACCAGUACUACGGAAUGAUUACUAUGUCCCACGAGGUCACACUGAUGAGGAUUGCUUCUACUACCCCGACAACAACGGCGGACCUGUCAUACUGAACGGUGUCUGUGAGGAACAGAACGCCGUUACUGGUUUCAACUUUAACGCUUUCGGAGGUACAUGGUACGAAGCUUCAAGGUUCCCAUCGGAACUGCAAAGAGGAGAGUGUGCCGCAAAGACGAUCAGUAGCAGUCAAAAUACUGUGAUGAUUAGUGAAUCUUACGUUGAUAACGAAAGGCUGAACACAAUCAAUGUUACAGCUACAAUAGGAACUGAUGGCAGGGGUAUUCUAAAUACUACACUCACCGAUGUUACAGGAGUUUCCUUCAAUGCUACUAUCUACGUCCUGGCGACUGACUACACUGACUACGCUUUGCUAUUCAGCUGUAGGAACCUCGGCAAUCAAUCUAAGCAAAUAUACAGUUGGAAACUUAGCAGAUCUCAGACAGGACUUUCUCAAUCGGCCAACAAUACUAUAAAUCAAGUUGUGUCUAAUACAACGGAUCUCUUCGAGAAAUACUAUGAGAGAAGCGACCAGAGUAACGCAGCAUGUUUCCAUUAUCCGGUGUUUGACGAGAUGCCAGCAUCUAUAACAUUGCCUGGACCUUGCGACCAAAGUAUUCGAGCUAAAGCCAACUUUAGUAUAGCAGGCUUCGCGGGAAGAUGGAUCGAGAUCGCUCGUUACCCACAAGUAUUUCAACGUGGUCAGUGCAACCGACCGCUCUACAAUCUCAUUGGCAAUACUUAUGAGGUCACCAAUACACAAGUACUCAACCAAACACUAGACAGCAUCGUUGGCGAGGCUUUUGUAUCCUCAAAUGACGGAAGCGGACUAGUUAAUGUUACAUUCAGGUUCUCUAAUGGUGGUGUAAAUGUUGCGACCCUUUACAUUCUGGAAACCGAUUACACCAACUACGCUCUGCUUUACAGUUGUCGAAACAUUGCUGAUAACAGCAGACAAGUCAGCAGUUGGAAGCUUAGCCGAACUACAACUCUAAGUAACCAAGCAAAUAACGUAAUAAAUAAUAUAAUUAAUAAUACAGAAGGUCUAUUGAAUGAUUAUUACAUGACAACUGAUCAAAGUGAAGAGGCUUGCUUCUACAUACCCGAAGUGUCUCCUGAUAAAGCUCCGACAUUCAGAGGACAAUGUGAAGAUAUUACUGGUGUUCAAGGAUUUGAUAUACAAAGGUAUUUGGGCUGGUGGCAUGAGAUCGAACGUUACCCGUCUGAUGACACCCUUGGUGAUUGCAUCAGUUCUGAGUUCCGCACCUCCGGCAACCAGUUCCAAGUCGUCGACACUAAUGUGUUUGGUGACAGCGCUGUAGUUAACACCAGUACAAUCACCGUGACCAAUAACGGUAGACUAAGGAAGACCUUAAGCAAUGGAAGAGUUAUCGAUAUGUGGGUACUUGCUACAGAUUACGAAACAUACUCUCUCCUGUAUUCGUGUGAAAAUAUCAAUCAAGAAUACAGACGUGUGUGGAGUGCCAAACAUAGCAAGACACGACAACUGACCCAAGCGGCUCAGAACGCGAUGGCGCCCAUCAUUGCAAACAACCGCGUCUUGUACCCACAAUUCUAUCUACCAGUGAACCAGAGUGACAGUGCCUGUUUCCACUAUCCUGUGCAGACCGGCCGACAGGUCAUCUUACCUGGUCAAUGUGAUAUGAACAUACCCGCUGUUAUGAACUUUGACCCCGCACAGUACGCUGGUACGUGGUACCAAAUCGAACGGUAUCCACAAUUCCACGAGGUCGGUGGGUGCACUGGCGCUCGUUACACGUUGAACGAGGCCACUGGCGUCGUGACACUCCUCAACUGGGAGGUGGUAGACGGAGUUCUAGACACAAUCGAAGGAACAGCAACUAUCAACUCGACAGAUGGCAGCGCUAGAUUGGUGGUGACAUUGCCAGACAGAUUGAGUGACGACCCAGAAGCAACAGUGACCACAAGACUAUACGUGCUUACCACAGACUACGUGUCCUAUUCCCUAGCGUACAGUUGUGUCAACGUCAAUCAGUUCCAAAGAUCUGUGGGAGUAUGGAAGUUAAGUCGUACAAGGACCAUGCCAGCGGCGGGAGCAACCGCCAUCAAUACUUACAUGGCGACAAGAGAGGAACUCCAUCAACCCUACUUCGUUCAAGUCCAACAGAACGACGAUUGCGAAGAACCUAGCUCGGCUAUCUUAGUCAAAAGCAGUAUUAUUGUGAUGCUUAUUUGCGUGACUCUACAGAUGUUCGUCUAAGUAAUGUUAUAUAACUUGUAUUUUAGGUAGUAAUUUAAUUUAUAUUUGCAAUACUUUUGUAAGAAAAUAAAAAUAUUUUUAUUGAAAAUAUUUAAAUAUUCUUUUUAUAUUUUUUUCUCAUCGACAUUAACUUCUAAAUAGGAGAAAAACUAAAAGGUCUAAGUAGGUGGCACCAGCAUCA